CGUUUAUAUCGUAGUCACUGCUGUAAUUCAGUACGAAUGUGAUGGUGCAAAGAAAGUAUUGAAAGUGUAUGGAAAGUAUGGGUUGACAUAAUAAUUUUUCGAAGUAUCGUUAGUUGACUUUGUUAUUUGAAAAUGAAUUAUUCCAAGGAAUAACAAAAAUAUCAAUAUGGUUGAUAUAAAAACCAAGAAACUUAACGAGCAAAAUGAAGUUCCGCAGAAGAGCGCAAAACAGUUGCAGAAAGAAGCAAAGAAAUUAGCGAAACUGGAAAAGUUUAAACAAAAGCAUGAAAAGAAGGAAGGUGACAAAAUUCCAAAAAGCUAGGAAAAAAUGAAGUAUAAAAUUGAAAAGAAGAAAGAAUCCAAAGAAUCUGCUGUAUACACAAUAAAUACACCUAUAGGAGAGAAGAAAGAUGUUACAUGUGCUAUGCCUGAUACAUAUAGUCCAAAGUAUGUUGAAGCAGCAUGGUAUGCAUGGUGGAACAGCAAGUUUCUCAAACCUGAAUACGGUAGAAAAAGUAUCAGAGUCAAAUCCUAAAGGAAAUUUGUUAUGGUGACACCUCCUCCUAAUGUAACUGGUUUCCUUCACCUUGGACAUGCUUUAACCAAUGCUGUAGAAGAUUCUAUUACAAGAUGGUAAAAUGAAAUGAAAGGACGUACAACUUUAUGGAACCCAGGUUGUGACCAUGCAGGUAUUGCUACUCAAGUGGUUGUUGAAAAGAAACUUUGGAAAGAAGAAAAAAAAACGCGUCACGAUGUGGGGAGAGAGAAUUUUAUAGAAAAAGUUUGGAAAUGGAAGGAAGAGAAACGGAAUCUACAUGCAGUUAAGAAAUUAGGCGGUUCGUGUGAUUGGGAUCGUGCUUGUUUCACUAUGGAUCCAAAGUAUGUAGAGCUGUUACAAGAGGCAUUUAUAAGGUUACACGACGAGGGCAAUUAUAGAAGUAAUCGCUUGGUUAAUUGGUUCUUGUACAUUAAAAGUGCUAUCUCGGACAUAGAGGUUGAUAAACUUGUAACUGGUCGUACAUUACUCAUUCCUGGAUAUCAAGAAAAAGUAGAAUUCGGAGUUCUAGUUUUAUUUUCUUAUGAAAGUAUAGAUUCUACAGAAAAGAUAAUAGUAGCUACUACUCCGCAUAGAGACUAUGUUGGGAGACAGGAAAGCCAUUGGACUGUUCAUCCAAAAGAUUCUAGAUACACUCAGUAUAUUGGAAAAUAUGUACACUCCAUUUGUGAUAGAAAGCUACCUAGUUAUAGCCGAUGAAUUGUCGAAAUGGAAUUUGGAACAGGUAAAAAGAUAUAACAGCAUACAAAUUCUUUUAGCACAGCUAUGCAUGUUGUAUUACAGGUGCGUCAAAAUUAACCAGCUCAUGAUCCUAAUGACUACGAAGGAGGCAAAAGACAUAACUUGCCAUUUAUCACUAUUUUUGAUGACAAUGGGAAUAUUAUCGGUAGAUUAUGGUCAAUUUACGGUAUCGUAAAUUUUAAUUAAAAACACAUAUAAAUAAAAGAAUUAACAGCAAAAAAUUUGUUAGUUGAAAUUACGAAUCCUAUGGUGGUACCAAUAUGUAGUGAAUCUAAGGAUGUUAUCGAACCAUUAAUGAAACCUCAGUGGUACAUAAGAUGCAACGAAAUGGCCGAAGAAGCAAUGAACGUCGUAAAAACUGGUGAACUGAAAAUUAUUCAUCAGUAUAAGAAGAUUUGGUACCAUUGGAUGGAAAACAUAAAAGAUUGGUGUAUUUCUCGUCAACUGUGGUGGGUCAUCGUAUUCCUAGCUUAUUCUGUUAAAACAAUUAAUCCUGUUGCAAAUUUGAAGCUAAAUGAUGAAUAUUGGGUGAGCGCGCUUCACAAAACGAAGCAAAAGUAAGGCGCUAAAAAAUUAAUACUACUCUAGAUAACAUUAUGUGUGGAACAAGAUGCUGAUGUGUUAGAUACGUGGUUUUCUUCUGGUUUGUUUCCAUUUCGAUAUUGGAUGGGCCGGACGAGGUACUUCAAAGAAUUUUAUCCUGGAACAUUGUUAGAAACUGGACACGAUAUAUUAUUUUUCUGGGUAGCAAGAAUGGUAUUUCUCGGGCAAAAGUAACAGGAAAAUACCAUGCAAAAAACUUUCCAUAGAGAAGUUUAUUUACACGCUAUGGUACGAGAUGCGCAUGGAAAGGAAGAUGAGCAAAUCCUUAGGAGUAUAGAUCCCAUGGAUGUAAUUAACGGAAUAUCACUGGAGAAUCUUCAUAAGCAACUAAUAUUCCAAUUUGGAGCAAAAGAGCUUCAACGCGCUAUAUAAGGCAGAAAAUGUGAUUAUCCGCAAGGAAUUCCUGAAUGUGGAACUGAUGCUCUAAGGUUUGCUCUUUGUGCUUAUACGAUGCAAGGUCGCGAUAUUAAUCUGGACAUCAAUCGCGUCCAAGGAUACCGUUUUUUCUGUAACAAAAUAUGGAAUGCAGCAAAGUUUUGUUUCAUGUACCUGGAUUCUAACAUCAAUUAUUGUGAAGAUACCCAAUUGAAAAAUCAGUAUGAUAACAAUGUGGUAGGUGACAAAAAAUGGUAUCAUAAAACUUUGAAAGAAAGAUGUGUACAGGAAGCAUUAAAUAAUUAUUUAGGAGACUAUGCCUACCUAGACGGAUAUAAUCCAUCACAAAUUGACGUGAAGGUUUAUCAAACCUUUGUUAAAUUAGACGUUGAUUUUAUAAAAUAUCCUCAUUUGCAACGUUGGUAUAAUCAUAUAGCAUCGUUCAGUGUACAAGAACAAUCUGCGUUCCGCGUCGAACAAGGUAAAAUAUUACCUCAAUGCAGUUGCAAAAUACAUGAUCACAAUAACCAGAAUAAAGCAAGUAUCAAAGGAAAAAUGUGGAUUUAUGUGAUGCUCUCGCGUGUAAGUUACGCCGUGAACACUUGUGACAAAGCAAGGGCGGAGUAUUUUCCAACAGCCACCACUGCUUGUUAUAAUCUCUGGUUAUAUGAUCUAUGCGAUAUUUAUUUGGAGUAUUUAAAACCAGUAUUUCAAAGUAACGAUGAUGAGAGAAAGCUAGCAGCAAGAAAAACUUUGUUUAAAACUCUAGACCUAGGAUUAAAAUUGUUGAGUCCAUAGCCGUUCAUAACGGAAGAAUUGUAUCAACGUUUACCAUACGCGAAACAGCUUUAUCCAAGUAUAUGUGUCAGUCCAUACCCAGAUACUUCGAAGUGUCCUUGGAGAAAUGAAGAGAGAAAAGGAUAUUGAAUUGCUAACAAAGUAAUAAAAAAUAUCCGAUCAACGCGUGCAACUUACAACUUACCAAAUAAAAUAAAGACUGCAGCGAUUUCUUGUAUGCCAGCAAUGAUAGUUUUAAAAGAUCGAUUGAUGGAAUAUCAGCUACUAAUCGAAACUCUUGGAUAUUCUACGCUUACACACUCAACAACCAUCACAGGAUGUGCUAUCAUUACUGUGACGGAUAAAGUACAAGCCUUAUUGUUAAAGGGUUUAAUCGAUCCAAAGAAAGAGGUGGGAGAAACUUUGCAAAAAGAAGAACAGUUAUUAGAUAUUAUACAUAAAACCAAACAAGCUAUGGAAGCUGAUUAUAAUGUUAAGGUACCUUUAGAUGUACAAAACAGUAACAAAGAAAAGUUGAUUAACAGCGAAGGAGAAUUGAAACGAAUUACCGAUGCAAUAGUGGCUCUACAACAAUGUAAUAUUUAAUUAAAAAUAUAGGGUUCAGAAUUUUAUAUCUGCAUUACUUUCGUAUUUAAAUUAUCUUUUACCAAAAAUUCUCUGGCUUUUAAUCUUAUCUCACGUGUUGGAAAAUGUACCUAACAUUUUUGGUCGUUGACUUAUGGUAUUACAAAAUUGUUAUGUAUAUCUACAUAAUCAGAAUUCUUUUUUUUUUUUUUUUUUUCCCC